CAGGUAUGGGUCUUCGUAUAUAUGGACACUUCAACCUUGUGAUUAACGCAAGUUGAAUUGAUACGUAGACAGUAUUCUGCAGGAAGUAAUUUAGAUAUUUCUAAAUAUAGAUGCGAGUUUAGUGUACAUCUUAUCUACGCUUAAAAAUCAAAAUACUAUGGUUGCUUGUAGUUUGCGACCUAAAUACUUCCGUGUUUGAGUUUUAUCAAUUAUUUACAAUGAUGGCGGGGGGAAAGCGCGGGUCUCUCCGUCAUGUUCUUGAGAAUACGAACUUGCCAAGAGUUUUCAGAGUAACAAGUGGAAAUCUACACGUUCCGAACUGGAAGACAUUUAAGGGGGGUGAUUGUUUCGUUGCGUUUUCAUGCGAGAGGCAGGUGAUUGUGAUGGACUGUAUGAAAUCGCACGUAUCCUUGCAUAUGAAGCAGAAUUUGGGAUUCAUACCUUGGGAUACUCCAGAACUUUUCUAUGAUAUCCAUUGCCUGGGAAAAACCUACGAUGCAUCAGAAACGCUGGUAAAAGAGUUUCCUCGGUAUGUUGUUCCGACUUCAGAUUUGUUCGCAAUCACUGAAAAUGAUGGCGAAUGUGAAAGUAUCAGAGUUAAGAAGAGAACUUUGUUGGAAGUGGAGGAAAUUCGGGAAUACAAAGAAGACUUAUCUAAGUCUGGGGAUAGCUACAUGAAUGCACAGGAUCUUCACGGUGAAAUGUUGUGUUGCAGCAUCAAAGACGGCCCAAAUUCCGGACUUAGUGUCAUAUUACCCCAUACGUUAAGGUGUGCAAUGGAAAUCAUUCAGGACACUGAGAAAUAUUCUUUGCCUGAUAUUGCCGAGCGCUUUAACCUGCCAAGAAAACUGAAAUUUUGCAACCACAAUAUUGAUCAACACAUCGAAGCCACAAAACUCCUUAAUCAUGAAAUUUUAGCGUCUUCCUUGUCUAACCAAAUGAUAUUUCUUGCAGAUGUAGGAAAAUGCAAUUUGGUGUGUGUCGAUGAGCACAUACAAGAAUGCUCAAAUGUUAUAUGUGAGCUUCUAGAAAACUUGGAUUCAUCAUCUGUUCAGGUGGAAGUUUUGGAAAAGGUCAUGGAGGAAGUGGAAGUGUUCUCUCCGUUCUAUGCUAUCCCUGUAGUUUCAGCAUUUGAUGACAUCCAAACUUACAUCAUCAAGGGAACCGAGAAGAAACCCAACGAGCUAAGUGCUCAAGUUUUUGGAGGAGAAAAAACACCGAAUAAUCGAACAGCUCUGGCUGGUAUCGAUGAUCAGUACAUUGAACUCUGGAAGCCGAACUCUCAAAAUCAGUACUCCAGUGGUCCCCAUCAGUCUCUCCAGAUUAAUGAUACCAAUGUUUCCCCAACGCAUUCGCCUAGAUCAUCCAGUCCUUCAACACUUCCCACGCACCCACCUAGUGUGUCUAGUCCUUCAAUAGUUCCUAAACACCCGCCUAGAGCGUCUAGUCCUUCAAUAGUAUCUAGCUCUACGAUACAAGGAACACAAUCGCCUCGAGCAUCAAGUCCCACGUCACAUUCGCCCAGAGCAACAAGUCCCACGCCACAUUUGACAAACCCACCCCGAGUUUCUAGUCCUAAACUUCCUCCCCGAUCAAAAGAAAAGUCGAAUACAAUGCCCGUGGCUGCCAUUAAGGUCAGCGACCCGGUUCCGUGUAGGUCCAGAUCCCUUCCCACCGAUUCCUUGGACUUAGACGAUCCUACUAUUUCAGACAAAAGUUCUAUAGAAAAUUUAGGAAUUGAGGAGUUGUGCUUGCUCUUUAGAGAAUACAAACUCGAUAAAUUAGCGGAAGUGUGCAAAGAAGAGAAAUUGGAUGGGAAAUUCAUUGCAUGUUUGAGUGACGAUGAUCUGAGGGAUGAGCCGUUUUAUCUUGGAAAUUUUCAAUUAAAGAAGUUUAACAAGCUGAAGUCAGGUUGGCGAGCAACUUAGACAGAGAACCGAAAUAACUUUAGUAGGAUUUUUCCAAUUUGAGUUGUUGUUUUUUUUUAGUAAUUCAUUUCAUAUAUGUUGAUGUCAAAUCUCUGGUGAAUCCUCUAUUUUAUCCUGAUUAAGAACAUGCGGGACGAUGUGGCCAAAAAGAACUCGUCAAUGAAUAUUUUUUCUCUUUUUCACGAAGCACCAUCAGGAUGUCCUUUACAAUGUGUAUAAAUUUUAUGGCCACUUUCUAGGUAUACAAGGGAGAUGAUAAGCUUUAAAUUACCCCCCCCCCCUUUCGAAAAUUGUGAAUUUUACAAGAUCAUUCCGAUUUUCAUUUCAAAAAAAUAAUUUGAUGGAAUUUUUAUAUAUAUCUUUUACAAUAAUCUUUAAAAUAUAUGCAAAAUAUAAAAUAAAUAAUAAUAACAUGCUUAAACAUAACCGUAUAAUAAUAAAUUGGGAAAAUUUAAAGAUUUAGGGUGAAAAUUAGAACUCAAAAAACAGGGUAGUCCAAAUACUAAAUGAAACACUGCUUAAAAACUUGUCAAUGAAUUUUUUUUGCAAAAACUGCAAUUAAAAGCUAUUCAUAUACCUAACUUCCUGUAGAAAUAUGAAGGGAUGAAGCUAAUCUUGAUUUUGAGGUAGGCGUCCUUGAAGUUAUUCAUUGAUAGGUUCACUUGGGGUUAGGGUUGGCGGAAUAUUUUUUAAAUUAUAAUUUUCAAGUUUAUAUUCUUUUCAUCUACAAAAGUAGAAAGUUAAAAGUAAUGGGGGAAGGAACAUUCUCAAUUUAUUUGCACUCCAUUUUUUUUAAGAUGAUCACUGUCAAAGACGGGAGGGGGAGGGCAGCCUAAUUCUUUGUGCCUGUUUUGGAAUACUGUACAUUGUUAGAAACUAUAUUUGUUUUGUACCUAUUGAAAUAUUUAGAAUUUUCAUUAUUAUGGAACAAAAAUUGAGCUAAUGUAAAAAAAAAAAUUAAUCUCUUUUAAAUAUACAUGUAUAUAUCGUACACGACUGGACAAAACGUCUAGCUCUACAAUUCGUCUUCCUUCAAACCACGGGUUAGUUAACGUCAAUAUGAGCUACUUACUUCCUUUACAAGAUCAACAGUACUUCCGCGGCCAGAGUAGCUACUGUCGCUUGACUCGAUCGUCUCCAUCCUAUUUUUCAAGGAAUUUAUGUGUCGUACACGUUGUGACUUUGCACUUUUUUUCUUUUCCACACUUCUGCUUCUGACGUGUAUCAUAUUUAUUACAGUAGUUACCAUUUUCGCAGCAGUGUUUCGUAAAGUUAGUAAAAAUAAUUUGUAAUCUAAAAUAGUUUGAGAGAUAAAGCGUAUUACUUAGAUUUACAUGAAAAUGCUUGGGAAAAUUAAACAUUCCUAGCAUGGAUGUUGAUAUCUAACAAAAAGUAUUGAUCUUCGGCAUAUGGGGGGUAGGGGUGGGGUAUUUUUCGCAAACAAUGAUCGAUUAUAAAAGCACCAAAAUAGUUCGUACGUUUCCCAAGCAAGAUUCGGUGAAAUGGGUGUCCAGUUCUAGUUUCACACUAUUAUAGUAAAAACCAACAAACGAUCAUCAUCUUACCCUUGCACCGAGUCAUUGUUUACGUCCGAUUGACUUUCUUUUUGUAAAUGCCUAGAUUCAAAUUGCAUGUACAUGUAGGAGCGAUUUCGGUGACUAAUAGGCUUUUCUAUCAAAAUAAAUUCGCAAUCAUCACGUGAUCAUCGUCCCGCAUAUCCUUGAGGCAGUGUGACGCGAAUCAAUUGUUACGUCUUUACCCUGAUUAAGAGUGUGACGCGAAUCAAUUGUUACGUCUUUAUCCAAUCGGAUCACGCGCUCGUCUUUUUCCGUGACACGGAUCAAUUGUUACGUUUUUAUCCUGAUUAAAGUAGUGUGACGCGGAUCAAUUGUUACGUAUCUAUCCUGAUUAAGGUAGCGUGACGCGAAUCAAUUGUUACGUCUUUUUCCUGAUUAAGGUAGCAUGACGCGGAUUAAUUGUUACGUCUUUUUUCUGAUUAAGGCAGUGCAAACUUCCACCAGAGUUCGUUUGCUCACGUAGGUGACGUAAUGAGGCCUCGACGGGGAGUUUGAAGGCAGUGUUUAAGGUAGCGUGACGCGGAUCAAUUGUUGCGUCGCACUGAAGACCGAUUUCCGUAAUAUUUAGAGUUUGUCAUUUGUGCGCGGGGAAAACGUAUGAAACCAGUUUAAAAGAAAAUGCAGUUAUAUUGACUAGUAUUUUUAGGGGAUGGGGUGGAGAUGACUCGGUGCGGAUUACUACGUGCGCGUGCUUCAAUCGACUAUUUUAUCUACUCCAACAUAAGAAGGCAGUCGCUCCUUUGUCUAUUUCUAGCUUUUUAUAAUGUAACUACCCGGAUUAUGUAACUAUCCGGAUUAUGUAACUAUCCGGAUUAUGAGUUAUUUUCGAUGAUACCGGUAACAUACAACAUUUCUUUUUGAACAAGUCCAUAUAAUGAUCAGGGGGAGGGGGUGCAUUUUUGGGGUCCAACAAAUUUUUUAUGAUUCAAAUGUAUACUUCCAUGAUUCUUAAAGGGUAAUAUUGAAUUUAUAUCGGUGAAUAUUGGCAUGUGUUGGGUUUUAGAUCUGCGAACGUAUGAGGAAUUUCUAAACCUGAUGACUGUCAAUAUUCAUUAAUAUAUGUUCAUACCUCCUUUAUGAUGUAGUAACAAAAGUAUAUUUCAGUACUUGCAUGUCUAAUAUUUAUUGAUUUCUUCGUGAAGUUUAUAAACUGAAGCAUUUUUGUACCCAUGUAAAUGCGUGCACUAGCCCCGUUGCGCAUGUUUUCAAAGAUUACCAAUUGUAUCGAUCAAUGCUAGUGAAACGAUGCAAAUCAUAAAUAUAUUUUUCUGUCUACCAAACGAUAUAUGGUCCAAAAAUGUUUGUUUUCCGCUGUUUAAUGGCUUUAAUUAAUUUGUACCUGGAUGUUUCCAGCUGUUUAAUGGCUUUAAUUGAUUUGUACCUGGAACGUAUCAGCGCGAUAUCUAUCAUUUCCUUAAAAAAAAAAAACCCCAAAAAACAUGGCGUUCAAUAACGCCCGGCUAUUGUGUUCUACAAUUCUCUAAUAUUUAGAAAUAGUGAAGAUCACGAACAGGCAACGGAAAACAUUAUCGCUAACAAAUGUUUAGUUAAAGGACAUAUCUCAUGUUUUCAAAGUAUACAAUAUUACAUGCAUUUUGUCUUCUUUAUGCUUAUAGUAAUUAAUUCUAAUAGUUCGUUCGCCGAAAUUUUGCGAUAUUUAACCACAAUACAGACUUAAAUCUAAGCCCCGAUUUCAAAAAGUCGAGUUAAUUAGGUAGGUAGUCACGUGGUACAGUGACGUCACAUGCGCCCUUCGGAUGUGAAAGUACUGCGAGAUAUUAUUAAAAACUCAACUUUUAGGGGCCUAAUUAAUUUACCAUGGGCAACAUUUAAAUCGAUGUUGAUAAAUUGUCCGAGUUUGAUAUGUGUUCGCCACCAGUGCACACAUAUAAAGAUGUAAAUACCCAAAUAUAGCGAGUAAAGCGUGUAUGAAAUCGGCAAAAUUGUGAGUAAAUAAUGUUUAUAUGGGCCGCUGUCUACAAACUGUUUGGGGAUGUUAUUCCUUUAUACAUCUGUAAUUGGUGCUGUUUUUCUAAAAUAAACAGUGCAAUCAUUAUUUAUUUCUGUAUUAGACAAAUUAUGAUACGUUAAAUUGUUGACAACUAGGCCCUAUGCCAAGCUUUUGUCACGCGUGCAUUUCGGAAAGAAAGAAAAAGACAACACACACACAAAUCAAUAAAAAUAUUCAAAUUUAAAGUGGUAAUCACAUUAUUUAUUUUGAUAAAGCAAUCUUAUUACUAUUUUUAAAUUGUGAUCUACACGUCUUUAGGAAGUACGAAGUGGGAGCACGGCGUUAUAGCCUACUGACGCACUCAAGAUGCUACGAGUUCAAUAAAGAAAUAAUUUUAUAAUUCAAUUUAAAGUUAGGAAAUACAAUAUUCUAUUAUUUGUAUAAUUAAAAGUUCAAUUAUUUUGUAUCUUUAUUUUGUUGUUGUUGUAAAUCUACCAGUUGGUAGAAGUUACAUUGUAUCGUCGAUAUAUGUUGUUACAAGGUGAAGGUCAGUUGAUCCGAGUGUGUAUUGAAUUUGAAGAGCAAAACAGAAUGUAUGCUAUAGGCCGACCAGUGCUUAUAGCUUCGAUAUAUCCAUUUUCUCGCAGUUUAUCAGGGUCUCUGUCCAAGCGAUGUUUGAAAAGGUGACUGGGUGUGUUUUUUAAGGUAAAGUUCUUGCUCCAACAAAAAAAUUAUCCACGUCUUUUUUCUCGUACCUUCCUUCGAAAAAUUGAAAAAUACUCAGUCUAAAUCCUUUCUACCGACAACUAGUACACCCGAGCACGGCACAAAACAUCUUAAUACAUUAUUAUUUACAAGCCGUUAACGUGACAAUUGGUUUUUUGUUGAUUAAAUCUAAUCUGUUUAUGAAAUGGCUAAUAGAUGUUUUCAAAGCCGAGGGCGCAUAUGACGUCACACAAAAUGGCGCGUAAACUAGCGAAAGAAAAUAUGCAUAUCGCAAGAUUUGAAUUUCAUCGCUUUCAAACUCGAAAACUACGCAAAAUAUUUCAUUUAAAACACAUUUAAAGUAGUUUUAGGCAUAAAAAGAGUUAAUUUUGCUGAAAAAAUGAAAAAGUUUAGAAACAUGCGUUGUGUCCUUUAAAUAAGGGUACUCAGUGCUGUUGGAUGAAAUUCCACGGACAUUAGACAUUCAAUUGAUAGCAUACCGCCGUUCUUUGGACCUGUCAUUAUACAUAUAUAUUAUAGGUCGAAUGCUGUCUGACGUUUUUGAUCCCAAUUGUUACACACUGAAUCUGAUUCCGGGUUACUCCGUUUUCUUGAUCAAGAUGGAUGACUCACGGCGGGUGUGACCGGUCGACAGCGGAUGCUUAGUCCUCCUAGGCACCUGAUCUCACCUCUAGCGUUGUUUAUCCUACUCUGGAAUUUGUAUUCUUUUUAAGUAAUUAUGUGCUUGAUCACUUUUCCUUAUCUUCACUUUUUAAUCAAAAAGGUCAAAGGUUCAGUAUUUUCAUUUGCUAAUGUAAUGUAACUCCAAAUUCAGAUAUUUAUUUUUCAUGGGGAGGUUGAAAGUAUAAUCUCAGUAAGAGACGAAUCCUCGAAGGGAUGUAAAACCAACAAGUUCUAUCAAUCACUAUUUUUUUUUUUUUCAUUUGAACAGAGAAAAAUAUUAUUUGGGGCGCAUUACUUUUUCCAUAACGGCGAAAAUAUUGGGAUUAUCUGUGAAAACCAGAGAGAUAUUGUCAUUUAUGAAAUACCGCUUUUUGUUAUCUAUUUAUUAUUAUUUUUUUAAUUAGCACUGUACAUGAAAUACGUAAUAAAUGUUUUAACAAUACA